AUGGCAAGUAGAAGACGAGGGGAGAGGCGGUUUCCGGCCGAUCGUAACCCCGCAAAACAGGUCAUGAGACGCCCUAAAACCAAAACCGCAGGCGCCACUGUCCAUUACCUCCUCUUUGGCACUUCGCUCUUUUUCUUCUUCUUUGCCGCAUGUAUCUUGGUGGGAUACAAAGUAAUAACAUUCUACGGUAGUGCCGAAAUCGACGAUGCGUCUUCUAUAUUUGAAAGGGGCUUGGUUAAGACUGAUAUCACUUAUCAACAGAUCCUCUCUGAGAAUUUAAAGACCUCGGCGAACACAUCGCAUAGAAACUUCAAACCUCCUGUGCUGGCGGAUGUCACACCCUGGAAUGCCAAGGGCUAUGACUUUGCAAAGAGGUUCAGUUUCAAGUUUACCCAUCUCUCGCCUGUGUGGUAUCAGCUAAAAAGUUCUGGGGCAAAAUUAUAUCUCGAGGGACGCCAUAAUGCUGAUGUAGAUUGGAUCCAGGAAGUUCGGAAUAAUGGUCAUACUCUAGUGUUACCUAGUGUUGCGUUGGAAGCAUCACCUGUUAAGCUCCUAACAAAGAAGAAGCAGUGGCUCAAGGCAAUUGAUCUUAUAGUUUCAGAGUGCAAAGACUUGGGCUAUGACGGAAUUGUGUUGGAAUCCUGGUCAUUAUGGGCAAAUUAUGGAGUAUUGCAAGAUCAGGACAUGCGCAAGAAGGCACUGGAGUUCAUCAAACAAUUGGGACUAGCAUUGCAUUUAGUUCGUCUAAAGCAGGACUCUGACUGCAGCUUGCAGUUGGUGUAUGUUAUUGGUCCUCCAAAUAAGCAUUCCCCUAAAGAGCUAAUGUUUUCAUCGGAGGAUUUUGAGUACUUGAUUGAAGCUGUUGAUGGAUUUUCAUUGAUGACUUAUGAUUUCUCAAGCGCCUUCUAUGUUGGUCCCAAUGCACCAUUGUACUGGGUUCGGGCUGUAGUACAGUUUCUGGCAGGAAACAAUGAAAGUCUGAGAAGCCUUGCGCAUAAAGUUUUUGUGGGCAUCAAUUUCUAUGGAAAUGAUUUUGUGCUUCCUCAAGAAUCUAAAGGUGGUGGGCCUAUAACUGGAAAUGAGUAUCUGUCUCUGUUGUCAAAGUACAAACCUGUGUUGCAUUGGAAGGAAGAUAUUGCAGAGCAUUACUUCUCGUAUAUCGAUAAUCAACAGAAGCAUGUGGUCUAUUACCCAUCAUUGAUGUCGAUCUCAAAGCGAUUGGAUGAAGCUCGAGCUUGGGGAGCUGGUUUGGCAAUUUGGGAGAUUGGACAAGGUUUGGACUAUUUUUUUGAUCUUUUGUAA